AUGCCAAGACGAAGAAGGACCGCCCGCAAAUUCACAGUGCCGCCUAAUCCUCCCAGGCCGCUAGGAGGAAAACUUUGUUGCUACAGGGCGGUCGUGUAUCCUGCACACAGUGUAGAAUAUACUCGACUGCCAAGCAAAAACUGCACCUUGCCCUUGAUUUCGGAGCAGAUCAUGCCCCCCACAACAUUUCACCAAUUUUCUCUGCUUCCAGUCGAGAUUCAAACAGAGAUUUGGAAGCUUGCCGCCAGUUUCGCAGCUGAUGAAUCUCGUGUCAUACCAAUUAUUGUCCAUUGGACACCUGGCUGCUCGAGCCAAAGGUACAGCGAAAUGAAGAACAAGACUCCUCUUUUUCUGACACCCAUUUCUAUCAUACCUCCGCUGUUACAUGUCUGUUCCAUCUCUCGCUCACUAGCUCUGCCUCUAUAUGAGCUCGUGAGCAUGUCCAAUGAAUCUGGUCAUCAAGAUAAGAUCAAUGCUAUGGGCGUUCGACUCAAUGUACCCUCCACGCACGGCGAUGAAGCAACAGGCAUUUAUGUUAAUCUCAAGAAGGAUAUCGUUUAUUUCACAAACCAUGAUUUUUUUGAUAAGACAUGGAAUCAACAUUUUCCAAUGUCAAAUGCACAUGCAGAUUUGAAAGAUCGUCUUAUAUACGAGCCACAAUUUUGUCAACCCUGCUCAGACCUUUUGUUUCCGGUUAAUGAUGCGCUUCGUCUGUUAUUUGGAGAUGUGGAUAUAAGGAAAGAAUUGAGGAAUAUCGGGUUCAGCUUUGAUAUUCCAGUGAAGAGACAUCAUUUCUGCUGGGGGGGGGUUUAA